AUGCGAGAACGCCUUGCCGAUUUCCUUGGCAUAGUGAAGAAGGCCAAAAAGAGAAAAAGAGUGAAAAAAGAAGAGAAAAAAGAUCAGAAAAAGAAAGCAUGUGAGAGAUCGACAGCGGCUCAAAUCCCACAGACACUCACCAGAAGACGAUCGUUCCCCACGUUCCAGCCCCAUCACCACCAGCCAGAUCGCUUCCCCGCGGGGGAUGAGGACCCCCGUUGCAACCGCCAUCCAACUUCCCAAUCGCACUCGGCCUCGAUUCCCAAUUCGUCCAUCGCGAAAACUCUAUCUCUCUCCCUCUCAGUCCCAUGUAACCAACGCACAUGUCAGAAUGCUCUUGAUGCUGGACAAAUCUUGCCAAAUGCCUGUGUGUCUUCCUUCAGUCGCUUCGGUCGCAUCGCCUACACAAGCGCGGCUGCCUCAUCGAAGACAUGCAUAUGCCACAUCGCCUUAGCCCCCAUGGCACCAUUGGAAAACGAAGGUGUCCCAUUUUACAUCUGUCUGCCGCUUCGACCAACGUACCGAAUAGGCAACACCGUGGCCAGCGAGUGUCCUGAGAAAGAUAGGCUUCUUCUCCCAUCAAAGGCGCUUCGUCAUGUAGCAGUACCUAUUUAA